UGGUGUCUCUAAGGUGGUAUCUGAGGAAGAAUUAAGAAUGUCUUCUCAGGGGGCUACUGAGAGAGAAAUGGGGAUGUCUUUUCAAAGAUGGCUAUGAGAGAAAGGCUGCAGAGAGGAGGGGGAAAUACCUUUUCCAAGAUCACUCUUUGAGAGAACAGGGAAUUCCUCUCCUGAGAUGAUGUUUGCUGCAACGAAUGUCUGUGGUUCCUGAAUUUAGACACUGCUUCAUUAUGCAGCGGGUGCCUCAAUUUUGACAGGGUGGGGAGAGAAGGCGAGUUAUGAUCCUCCCUCCUACCUACACCCCACAACUCCUGGUGUGCUACCUGCCUGCUUCAACGGGGCUAAAUAUGGCCCCCUGUUCUGCAGGCUUCAGUCACAGCCUGUUUGUCUCAGCAGGAGCAGCAGAGGUGGCGUCCCCCAUGGGCUGUUAGGCAGCCACCUCUUUCCUGUCCCCCUUUGUGUGCAUGGAACAUUUCCGAUCCCGCUUGCUGUGAGCUGUGCUUGUCCGGGGCUUCCCCAGAGCCCAACAGGCUGCCUCUGCUUCCCCUGUGACUUGGUUGUGUUCAUUUAAGGGAUUAAGAUUCCACCGGCGUUGGGUACGGCCGGUGAGGAAGUCGGGUCAGCCCAGGGCACACAGCGGGUUAAGGAGAUAAAGCCGCCCGUCCUCCUGUGAUCCCCUCCUGUGAAGAAGCUGCUGUUGAGCUGCUGCCACAAGUGACGGACGGCAGAGGUUGAGUGAGCUGGCCCUGCCGGGUUGAGAGUCCGGGGAGAUGUUGGGGGGUGCUGCUGCAGAGGGGAGGGGCAAGGGGUCGCGGGGAGAAGAGGCAAGAUCAGCUACCCGCCUUCUCUGGGCAGGACAGCCGACGGUGGGUUAUAACCAGAGGAGGAAGCAGGUGGAGCCCCAGGCGGUCAAGUGGGGGUUUUGACAAUGAGGUCGUCAUGAUGAAUCACGUUUACAAGGAGCGGUUUCCGAAGGCCACAGCUCAGAUGGAGGAACGCUUGGCGGAGACCAUUUCCAGUUUCUGCCCCGGCAGCACCCUGCCCUUGGCCGACGGCCUCCUGGGCUUCAUCCACCACCAGAUCAUUGAGCUGGCUCGCGACUGCCUGGCCAAGUCCUGCCAGGCGCUCAUCACUUCCUGCUACUUCAUGGAGCUGCAGGAGAAGCUGGAGAAGCUGCUGAGAGAUGCCCAGGAACGGUCGGAGAGCGAGGAGGUGCGCUUCAUUGAGCAGCUGGUCAGGAAACUGUUGAUCAUCAUCUCCCGUCCGGCUCGCCUGCUGGAGUGUUUGGAAUUUAAUCCAGAGGAGUUCUACCACCUCUUGGAGGAAGCGGAAGGACACGCCAAAGCUGGGCAAGGGAUCAAGACGGACAUCCCCCGUUAUAUUAUCAGUCAGCUUGGACUAGCCAAAGACCCCCUGGAGGAAAUGGUUCAGCUCGGUCAGGUUGACUGCAGCUCUCCCACUGGUCUGGAGAAGCAAGAGGAGCCACUGGAGAACAGGCCCGCUGGCCCCGGACCUCGGCGGAAGCCCUGCGAGAGUGAUUUCGAAACCAUCAAGUUGAUCAGCAAUGGAGCAUACGGGGCCGUGUAUCUCGUACGGCACAAGGAAUCCCGCCAGCGCUUCGCCAUCAAAAAAAUCAACAAGCAGAACUUGGUGCUGCGAAACCAGAUCCAGCAGGUCUUUGUGGAGCGAGACAUUCUGACCUUUGCAGAGAACCCCUUUGUGGUCAGCAUGUUCUGCUCCUUUGAGACCCGCCGCCACCUCUGCAUGGUCAUGGAGUAUGUGGAAGGAGGGGACUGUGCGACGUUGCUGAAAAACAUGGGCCCGCUACCAGUGGACAUGGCCCGGCUGUAUUUUGCAGAGACCGUGCUGGCCCUGGAAUACCUUCACAGUUAUGGCAUCGUCCACCGAGACCUCAAGCCAGACAAUCUUCUUAUCACCUCGAUGGGCCACAUCAAGCUGACUGACUUUGGACUGUCCAAGAUCGGCUUGAUGAACAUGACCACGAAUCUCUACGAGGGCCACAUUGAAAAGGACAUGCGGGAGUUUGUGGACAAGCAGGUGUGUGGCACUCCUGAGUACAUCGCCCCGGAGGUGAUACUGAUCCAGGGCUAUGGCAAACCAGUGGACUGGUGGGCCAUGGGAAUCAUUUUGUACGAGUUUUUGGUGGGCUGCGUCCCAUUCUUCGGCGACACCCCUGAGGAGCUUUUCGGACAGGUGAUCAGUGAUGAGAUCCUGUGGCCAGAAGGGGAUGAACAACUUCCUGCCGAUGCACAAGACUUGAUCACUCGACUCCUGCGGCAGUGCCCGCUGGAGCGUUUAGGCACAGGAGGGGUCCAUGAAGUGAAGCACCAUACCUUCUUCCGUGGCCUGGACUGGAACGGGCUUCUUCGGCAGAAGGCAGAGUUCAUUCCCCAACUGGAGGCAGAGGACGACACAAGCUAUUUUGACACUCGUCUGGAACGCUAUCGGCACUUGGGCUCCGAGGACGAGGAGACCAACGACGAGGAGUCCUCCCUGGAGAUCCGCCAGUUCUCCUCUUGCUCACACCGCUUCAGCAAGGUUUACAGCAGUUCCGAGUACUUGGCCGGCCUCUCUGGGCUGAGCUGCCCCACAGGACAGAGCCAGGACAAGGACCAGGCUGAUGGGGGCGAGAAGGGGGAUCGCAGCUCAGGAGAUGAGGAGAAGAGCCGGACGGUGGCUCCGGAGGCCAGGCUCCGUGCAUGGACCUCUUGCGGCUCCACUUUCCAUGCUUUCCGGCAGGAGCGCAACCGCAGCCCCGCCCCGCUGAGCAGCACCUGCAGCCUGGAGGCCAUGCCCAAGUUCGCCUUCUCCUCCGAGGACGAGAGCCCUGGCCGGGGCCCAGCAAGCAGGGACCGCCCGGUGUUUGUGGUCGGGGACCUUGAAGCGGCAGCCCUGAGAGCGGCGGCCAAGACCUUGCAGGUGUCAGCUGACCUGUCCAGCUUGAACUGUGCCCGCCUGCGGAGCAACAGCACAGGUACCAAAAGCUCCCCCUCGCCAGCCCUAGAAUCUGAGAGCAGCCACCGGCUGGGGACCCGCAAAGAUGCUCUGGGGAAGCACCGUGUCUCUCCGGCAGGCCGGGUGCCCAAAUCCGCCUCGGUCUCUGCCCUCUCGCUCAUCAUCAGCUCAGAUGACUCGGGCGGGGGCGCCCUGGUGAGCCCCGUCUCGCCCUGCUCCCUCUCCUCCAACCCGUCCUCCCGAGACUCCUCUCCCAGCCGCAACUCUUUGCUUGGUGGCUCCGGCCUGCUCCCCCCCAUCGUGAUCCACAGCUCGGGCAAGAAGUACGGCUUCAACUUGCGCGCCAUCCGGGUCUACGUGGGCGACAGUGACAUCUACAUCGUGCACCACAUGGUUUGGAGCGUCGAGGACGGCAGCCCUGCUCAGGAGGCGGGGCUGAGGGCAGGGGAUCUCAUCACCCACGUGAAUGGGGAACCCGUCCAAGGUUUGGUGCACACGGACGUUGUGGAGCUGCUGCUAAAGAGCGGUAAUAAGGUGUCGCUCCGGACCACGGCCCUGGAGAACACCAGCAUCAAGGUGGGCCCUGCACGGAAGAACAGCUCCAAGGCACGGAUGGCCCGCCGAAGCAAGAGGAGCCGCAAGCGGGACAGCCAAGACCGGAGGAAAUGCCUCUUCAAGAAGAUCUCCAAGCAGACGUCCGUUCUGCACACCAGCCGCAGUUUCUCCUCAGGGCUCCACCACUCCCUGUCGUCCGGCGAGAGCCUCCCCGGGUCUCCUACACAUAGUCUGUCUCCUGGGCCCACCCCUCCCUGCCGCAGCCCUGCCCCAGACGUCCCUCCAGAUUCCGCCUCCCCACCAAGCACUUCCCCCUCCUCCAGCACGCCCACCUCCCCUGCAGCACAUAUCCGGCCGAGCUCCCUGCACGGACUGGCCCCGAAGCUCAGCAGCCAACGCUACAAGGUGGGGCGCCGCAAGUCCACCAGCAGCAUCCCCCCGUCGCCCCUGGCCUGCACCCCCUCCUCCGCCCCACCGCCUCUCUCUCCCCAGAGGUCUCCGUCGCCGCUCCCCUCGUUCACCAAGAGCGCCCAGGCCUUUCAGGGCAAGACUCUGUCCCCGCCCACCAUUGUGCGGCAGACGUCCCGACCGCGGAGCACGGAAGGGUCUCGGUCCCCGUUGCUCAAACGGGUCCAGUCUGCCGAAAAAAUCCCCACCUACCUGGCUGAGAAGAAGAGCGCGGCCGGCACCUGCAAGCUCAUCCUGGAAACGCCCGCCUCUGGGGAGGAGAGCCGUGAAGACGGGAGCGCCACGGCCCCGAGAGAGGCUGCCGCUCCUCGCGUCUGUGACUGGUCUGGGGACCGCCACGAGCGGGACCAAGAGGUCGUGGUCAUGCGGCGGCUGAAUCUGUCCGAGCGCCGCGACUCCUUCAAGAAGCAGGAGGCUGUCCAGGAGGUGAGCUUUGAUGAGCCGGAGCUGGGAACCUGCGACAAGGACCAGUCCGAGGGCACGCCUGCAGCCGCCUGGCCCCAUGGAUUGGCUUCCUGGAAAGAAGACAGGCCUUGCCACUCACCCCUUACUGCAGGCCCCAAGCUGCCUGCAGUGCCCCACAUCGCAGUGCAAGGGGAGCAAUCGGCGGGGGGCACGGCCACUUGGGAGUGCCAGGGCUCCUCCUACCCUGUGCGCCUGGAGGCCCGGGUGUACAUCGAGCAGGAGGACGGGAUGACGACUGUGGAGUACAAGAGCGUCUCCUCCCAGCGCCAGGGGGGCCCGGGACAGAGGGGUUCCUCCGCACCGCUUGGGGCUGGGCCAAGGACAAGCCACGGACGGGGGGCAGCCUCGCCCCACGGCCAAGGGUGGAGGUGCCCGGAAAUCCAAUGCCAGAGCCAGCCUGUCCCAGGCAGACCAGAAAGAGGCUCCUGGCCAAACCCAGAUCAAAGCUGUGGAGGGACAAUGGGGACCCCCCCUCCCUAAGAGACCUUUGGACUCCCCCUGGGGCUGGUGGGCUUCAGGCUGAAGAAGAAGAAGAAGAAGAGUUUUGGAUUUAUAUCCCCCCUUUCUCACCUGCAGGAGACUCAAAGGGGCUGACAAUCUCCUUGCCCUUCCCCCCUCACAACAAACACCCUGUGAGGUGGGUGGGGCUGAGAGAGCUCCGAGAAGCUGUGACUAGCCCAAGGUCACCCAGCUGGCGUGAGAGCAACUCUGCUGUUUUUCAGUUCCCAGGAAAGAUGUUGUGUUGGGGGUGGGGGGUGGUGGUAUUGUCAGACAACAGGAGAGAAACGGCAUCGAUUCACUGGGGAAGACCAACCCCUUCUGUGAGCUCAGCCUAAGGGGGUCCGGGUUUGGCACAUCCCAGCCUUUCCAGCCUCCUUCAGCCGUGGGGCUGAGCAUUCCUGGGGAGGAGGGGGGGGGCACACAAAAUCACCUUGUUCCGUUUACUCUUGUGCUGUGAAAGGGUGAGUAUCUGUGGAGCAGCAGUGGUGUAGGAGGUGAAGAGCUCGUGUAUCUAAUCUGGAGGAACCGGGUUUGAUUCCCCGCUCUGCCGCCUGAGCUGCGCAGGCUUAUCUGGGGAAUUCAGAUUAGC